CCGGGAACGAGAAAGUAAGGGGUGAAGGGAGGUGGGAGAGAGAGCCAUGGGGAAGUCGGAUUUCCUCAGCCCGAAGGCUAUCGCUAACCGCAUCAAAUCCAAAGGGUUGCAGAAGCUGCGCUGGUACUGCCAGAUGUGCCAGAAGCAGUGCCGCGAUGAGAAUGGCUUCAAAUGUCAUUGCAUGUCUGAAUCUCACCAAAGGCAAUUACUUCUGGCUUCUGAAAAUCCUCAGCAAUUCUUGAACUACUUUUCUGAGGAAUUCCGAAAUGAUUUCCUAGAGCUGCUCAGGAGACGAUUUGGAACAAAGAGAGUCCACAAUAAUAUCGUGUACAAUGAAUAUAUCAGUCACCGAGAACACAUCCACAUGAAUGCAACGCAGUGGGAGACACUGACUGAUUUUACAAAAUGGUUGGGUAGAGAAGGUCUUUGUAAGGUUGAUGAGACUCCAAAAGGCUGGUAUAUCCAGUACAUUGACAGGGACCCAGAGACCAUUCGCAGGCAACAAGAACAAGAAAGAAAGAAGAAACAAGACCUUGAUGAUGAAGAAAAAACAGCGAAAUUCAUUGAACAGCAAGUUAGAAGAGGUUUGGAGGGGAAAGAACUGGAGGAGCCAGUCUAUACUGAACUGAACAGAGAAAAUGAAGAAGAAAAAGUUGCAUUUAAUUUAAAUAAAGGAGCAAGUACUUCAGUAGCAGCAUCUUCAAAAACCAGUAGCAUCCUUGGACCAAGUGCACUGAAGAUGGCAGAAGGAGCAGUUAAAAGAAAAGAAUCAGCUCAUAGCUCUGGUCAGUCCAAAGAGAAAAAGAAGAAAUCUGCACUGGAUGAGAUUAUGGAGAUUGAAGAAGAGAAGAAAAGAACAUCUCGAACAGACUACUGGUUGCAGCCAGAAAUCAUUGUAAAAAUUGUCACAAAGAAGCUUGGAGAGAAGUAUCACAAGAAGAAGGCAGUUGUUAAGGAGGUGAUUGACAAAUAUACAGCAGUUGUGAAAAUGAUUGAUUCUGGAGACAAACUGAAGCUUGAUCAGACACAUCUGGAAACUGUAAUACCAGCACCAGGCAAGAAAGUUAUGGUAUUAAAUGGUGGUUACAGGGGAAACGAAGGCAUCUUGGAAUCUAUCAAUGAGAAGAAAUUUUCAGCAACAAUCAUCAUUGACUCUGGGCCUUUGAAAGGACGCCGAGUUGAAGGGAUCCAGUAUGAAGACAUUUCCAAACUUGCCUGAGGUGCUCAUUAUGGAUCAGAGGAGAUUUGGGUUCCUCAGACCAUCUUUCUGGCUUCUUGUGGGCAGACACAGGAGACUCGGCUAUGUCAGGGUUUUAACUUUGUGUGUAUAUGUAUCUAUAAUGUAUAUAGAGAAUAACCAAGAGCAAAUUGAAUUUAUUUAAAGAUCACUGUAGAUUUGUUACAUAAAAUGUUUGUGGAAAUCUUAAUGGUGGAAAUACUCCAUCUGAUCCUUUCUCAAAGUUUUUUUAAUAAUUUUUCAGUCUCAUUUUGCAAAAUACAGCAGCUGCAAGUUGGAGUAUUUUCUUUACUGAAGUAUGUGUGAAGUUUUGUAGGGCAGAGAACUGUCCACAACAGCUGCUUGAGGCAGGCAAUGUGUGUUGAGGCCAAUGGAUUUUAAACAGCAGACUUCUCAAUUUGCAGCCAAAACUGAGUUCUGGCUGGAGGAACAAGGGAAAGGAUUAAGAGAAUAGCAGAAGGUAACAGGGAUUCUUCUCCUGGAUUUUGUAAGAAGGGUCUGCCUUAGUAAGUGUUGUCACCAAGUUAUUUUUAGUUAACUUAUCAGCUGUAGUAGAAUCCACAUAAUUAGACUUCCAUCGCCUCGUUCUCAGGGCUCCUGAUAAUGCUCAUACACAAUUUGUCUGCUUAUGGGCUCCAAGAUGGAUGUUACUGUGGGGCUUCUAGCAUUCCUGCCUAAGUCUGUGCAGAUAUGAACUGGCAAUUGCUGUUCUGGUUUUCCAGAGCAUUUUCCCUUGUCCAUAGUUCCAUUGUUUUCCCCUGCACUGCUGUGGAUGCUAAAUGAGUAACAUUACUUUUUAAUUUUUUAAAAAAUGUCACAUUUUAUACAGUAUUUUAUUUUUAAGGAAUGUUCAGGAAUAAACAUAAACUUAUCUUAGGCCAGAGCUUUCCUAACCAGUCUUUUAAACAGCGCUCUGUUCUUUUAUGUCCACUGAACAGCACAGUAAAAUGGCCAACUGGUGUAACUGCCUUAUUUUUGUAAAAGAAAGGUGCAAGUUUUCCCAAGCAAAAACAGACCAUCACCUGUGGUUCAGACUGCCUUUGGUUAUUAUUGUGUGUGUCUGGAAUUUGAUGGCAAGAAAACUGAUAAUCCUGUGCCUUUCAAAGCUGAUCUUAGCUGUGUGGAGCUGCUGUGUUGAAUGCUGUGGAGCUGAGACCUAGGAAGUAGGGGAAGGUGAGAAGAGGUAACCAGUGCUCAUUUGGGAAAGGUAGAGUUUUAUUUCCCUGCAAACUCAGCAGUGUUGUGUGGUUGAGCAAAAUUCCUUUCAAAAGACUGCAUUUUUUUUCAUAAAGAAAAGCCACUCAGCCCCUUCCUUGGUGAGCUGAAUUGAACAGGAUGCUGUUGUGGAUGUGUACCCCAGUUACAGUGCAGUCUAAAAGUUAGGUCGCCAGUGUCAAAUUCACUGUUGCUUGUCCCUUGCUUUACCUCAGAGAACCAUGAUUCGUGGUUUCCAGGGGACCCCUGCAGGAAAACUGAAAGACUGCAGAGGUUGAACGAAAGAGCUGCAGUCUGGACUAACCUCACACGGAGGAUUUCAAUGGCUUUCCGGGGAUCCCAGGCACAAAUACAAGUCAAGCAGUAACACAGUAUCUAAAAAAUGGACAAUUCUGCAGAAAGGAACUUAAGGCCGAAGACAUGCCUACACUUCUGAGAAUCGCUUGAAGAGAUGCUCAACAUGCAUAAAUCCACACUCCUGACAACAGAACUGAAAGAAGGAUGCAUACCAGUCUUUGGUUCAGAGACAAAGGACACCAAAGUACAGGAAGGCAAGCAGAUAACUGGAGUGCCUGUCCUACAUUAGGGCUGCUGAGAAGAAUCUGGUCAGCAUUUUAUUAUUUUUUUUCCUAAGGUUGCCUGUGAAAGCAGAGUUUUAAAUGCAAUUCUAGGUACAUACACGUGUAUGUUCGUUUCACUACUGAUCUCAUUUGUUGCUUUUGAAAAGUAUGACACCUUUUGGGAACUGAUCCCCCUGGAAGUGAAGCUUUUAGUACUGCUGGUGAUUUCUAUGUAGUCUGAAUUCCAGUUCUUUAUCCUACUUCCCCAGUUCUGUAUCUAGGUGAGAAUUUCACUGUGAUGCUGAAAUGUUUACCAAAACAGAAACAAGAUAUUCUGGGCUCACCUAAUUUAAUUUCCUGCAGUGUAGUAGCAUGAGCUAUUUCAAGGAAAUUCUGACCACUGGUUAGCACAUCUGUAAAGGCUAGGGACUCUUCAUGAUCCCAGUUUCCUUUUGUGUUAGAUUUGUCAGGUAUGUAAUGCACAUCAUCCUGGCUGGGCUUAUUUUAACCACGCUGCUUUUUGCCAAAUCCAGCAAUGCAUGAACUUGCAUUUUUCCCUGCUCUCUGAAAGGACAAAAGUUGAAAAGCAUGAGUUUUUUUAAAUCUGGUUGUGUAUGAUACCAAGAUUACAGGUGCCACCACAAUGCUAUUACAAGUCUGCUGUGAGAUGUGUAUUGCAAAACAGCUGAAAUUUCUAAUGGAGCUUGACUUCAGUGGUUGUGAGACGCAGCGAAUACAAGAUACCUCCUACAGUCCAGCAUGUCAGUUUAUUAUAGAUUUAAUUUUUGAAUGGAAGAGGGAGUUACAUUUGAAACACUGAUCACUUACAAAGGAAAUGUUGGUGAUGUUUGGUCAAUCUGGCUUGGAAGGCUGCCAGCUACCAGUCUGGGUGUGAAGGAGCAGAGAAGAAUUUUCUAUAAUAAACUGGUUUAGCUUGAGCGUUCAGGGUUCCUUCAGAAAGCUGUACAGGUGGGGGACAAGGUAAUCUUUGUAGUGGCCAUCUAUGAAACCUUUCCCACUGUUGUGCACAAACCAGCACUGCACGUCAGUCCCAAACACACGGUUUGUCCUGUAGUCCUUCUGCAAUCCCCUGUGAGGAAGAGGCCGUCCAAUAUGAGAGUCACGACAAGCAGACAACAAGACUUUGUUAAUCCUGCUGGCUUGCAGUACUUCUCUGCCAAAGUGUGAGUGGGUGCAGAGUGGAAACAACUGCAGAAUGCAAUGAAUUUCACAGUUCUGUGACUGCAUGGGCCCUUUUGUGGGGAUCCCAGGUACUACUACACAGCCAAGGUCAGAUGUUGGACAGCAACAUGACCAGAACUGUUCAUGCAAUGUUAAAUUACAAAAGAAUCCAAGUGUUUUGCCAGCAGCUAAAGACAGAUUGUUAGGAGAUGAAAAUAGGGGAUCCCCAAGAUCCUUAAUUAAGCCUGCAGUCAGUGAGAUAAUUAAAAAGAGAAGAAAGUCAUAAAGAGAGCAAUCAAGCACAUUAUUCCUACCUAGUAACAGUGAGUUUGUUUCCUUUCACUUCCAUGGUGGCUUGUGGUUUCUCUGGAGUUUGCCCAGGUCUUUGGUUGUAGAUAUACACUUCUGGUUCAGAUGUAAACUGACCUGAUCAAAGAGAUUUAAAAGCUCUAUGCAUGUUCUAACCUCCAUGGCUGUGAUGUAAGCUGAUGGUAGGCACUUUUAAAAAUCCAAACUGGAUGCAGCAGGCAAGCCACUCCUGCAUGGAUCGCAGCAUCUUGUCUCCAGCACUAAAGGACUGACCAAAUGGGGAGGGUAAAAAGUUCUGCUUCUGAGCCAGAAAACUUCUACUUAAGCAGAUUGGAACUGUGAAGAGUAUUUGGGAAAACAAUCUGCUGCACAGGGUUCCCACAUCAUAAAGGGAGCCCUGGGUGGGUCCAGGGCUCGAAGGGCUGUUUUUCUCUAUGGACUAAGCCCUUGCUUUUGUUUUGUGUUAUUUGCCAAAGCAGCUAUUCAAGGGAGAGCUGAAUUAAAAACUUCAGUACAAAAAGAAGGUUUGAGGGGUUUGUUUCACUUUUUUUUUUUCUUCAAGUCACAACAGAAUAGCCAAGCUGGGAAAACCACAUAACAGAGUUAUUCAGAAUAACCUCCUGGCUGCUUAUGCUCUAUAGAGUUCUUGGAGCUUCCCGGGCACUACAGCAAUCCCAGAGCCAUCUGAUUCACCCUAGCAGUAAUCCUUCUUAGUGUCCCCCUUCACCCAACAUGCAGUCCUUACCUAUCAGCCCUUGUGCUUCAGGAGAAAACUGGUUUUCAGGGGGGAUGUAGAUUCCCAGGAAGUCAACGUUAACUGGGUGAUUCUUCCACACACGGUGCAGCAAAAUCAUGAAGGACAUUUCCUCACCCACUCUGAUAGUAACAUUGCUUUCUUUUUUCACCGAUAUGAGAAGCCUAGCAGAGGCAAAACAGAAGAGAGAGCUCAGUCCAGCCGGUCACACGUAAGUGCUCAAUCCCCUUGAGAUGCUCUAACGCAUCAACUGCGUGGAGCUGGCUGACAGGGCAACAGAAACUCACAGCCUUGGAAGCAGCACCCAGAGGUUUGGAAGGAUGGUGUCUAGUAGGACACUUCAUGCCCGUGUCCACACCAUCAAAUCCUGCCCUACAGAUCUAAGCUCCUGUUACAAGGAAUGGAAAUUCAGGAAGUGAUCCCAUUCCCUAAACAAGAGUCCAGUGCUGUAGGGUCCCCAGUUUUGCUGCUUACUCUCAUUCUGCAGAUGAAGGUGUGGAUGUUUGGAGUCAUAUCAGGAGCCCCUUGGGCACCUCAAAUAACACAGGAUGCUUAUGUUUAGGCAACUGGCUCUUAAUAUAGUCAGCAGCAGAGAAAGAAAUACAGCUUUUCUUAGUUCUGCUUGGUCAACUGAAUCACUUCCUUGGCCCUGUUGUCUAAUCUUCGUUAACUUCAUAAUAUUCAUAAUGAGAACUCAGACUUUCAGCUAAGGAGCACGUGCCCCACUGUAGGCACCUUGCAACCUGUAUCUCACCCAGGGUUGGGUAAGCCCAAUGUUAAGUUGCACAGGGCAGACAAUAAAUGCUCAGCAACUUACUGUUUCCGAAUGAUGUGUCCUGUGUCAGACCAGGACAACAUGAUGCUGUAAGAUCCAUCUUUCAGCGUUAUGGUUUCUGUGUCGAUCUCCACUUUCAGGCCUUUGUUUUUGAAAUAAAAACCAAAUUUGCCAAAA